UCUCUUUUUAGUCCGCCAUAUUGACAUUCGACAAUUUUUUGGGAGGACUGGUGAAUGUGUUAGCGUUUUUCAAAAGUGUAAAGUGUUUUUUUUUCGAAAGGUUCAUCAAAAGCAACCAUAAUGGGUAAUGUGUUUGCUAAUUUAUUUAAAGGCCUCUUCGGCAAAAAGGAAAUGAGGAUAUUGAUGGUAGGUUUAGAUGCUGCUGGUAAAACCACAAUUUUAUAUAAACUAAAAUUAGGAGAAAUUGUAACAACCAUCCCAACUAUUGGUUUUAAUGUCGAGACUGUAGAAUAUAAGAAUAUCAGCUUUACUGUGUGGGAUGUCGGUGGUCAGGAUAAAAUUAGGCCAUUGUGGAGACACUAUUUUCAAAAUACGCAGGGCCUAAUCUUCGUAGUCGACAGCAACGACAGGGAGCGUAUCACCGAGGCCAAAGACGAGCUGAUGCGCAUGCUGGCCGAAGACGAGCUCCGGGACGCCGUUCUUCUGAUAUUCGCCAACAAGCAGGAUUUGCCGAACGCCAUGAACGCCGCCGAAAUCACCGAUAAGCUCGGAUUACAUUCGUUGCGCAACCGUAACUGGUACAUACAGGCCACGUGCGCCACCAGCGGAGACGGUCUCUACGAAGGUCUCGAUUGGCUGUCCAAUCAGCUGAAGAACGCCAAUCGUUAGUGUGGUAGAGGUGUCUGUGCGAGUGCAGUUCUCUUAAAAAAAUUCUUUCAUUGUACUUUUGUCGUGUCUAUAUAUCUCGCGGACGAUCUUCUUGUACCAUAUGUUGCAAUUUUUAUGUAUUUUUUUUUCUUCUUUUUUUAUUAACCAAUCGACACGGGGACGCAAGUUUUAUCUACGAUGGUCCAGAAUGCUGAUGGUUUUUUUUGCGUCGAAAUUUGUUUACGAAUGAAUGCUUAUUUCUAAUAUCUCUGCAAUCGACCGGGGUCCAAACUAACCGAUUCUAAAUUAUUCGUUUCUUAGAUGCCAGCAUCCAAAACAAAUAGUACGUUAUCUUUAUCUAGAUAAAUAUAUGUAAUUUUAAUGCAAUUUUAAAUAUUGUAAUUAAUUUUUUAAUACGUGUCUAAUUAUGAAUGAGCAUAAUUGCUUGAAAUAAUUUUUCAUUCGAGACGAAUUUUGUAGCAAUUAACCUCGAAAUGGGAAGCAUCUUGGAAAAUGCACUAUAUACUUUAACGUUAUUAUUUAUUCUUUUUGUACUGUCAAGGUGAAAGAAGCUUAUUUUGUAACAUAUUUUUUUUGUAUUAGGCUAAAAUGUACAGUAGUCGCAUUAUUUAAUUAAACGAUUCUGUUCUGAACCUCAGCGUUGUAACAUAUGGUAAGCCGUUCGAACCUAAAUAAAAAGAACAUAUUUAAAAAAAAUGUUUUUGGGCACGGCUCAAAUUAUUUUAUUGUUUAUAUUUAAGGAAAGUACGAAUAGACGUGCCCGAAACGAUCAAAAUAACCUUCCUAUCGGCGGUUUGUCCCCUAAAAUACGGGGCGCAAUCUGGUGAUACUUUUUGGCGUUAGGUUUCAAGACGGCGUAGUUUUUUUAUACUUAUAUAAAUAUACAAAGGGAUUUUUCAAAGACUGGCCAACAGACUGACCAGAUUUGAGUCCCGCAGAUCUUAACAGAAACGGCUGAUGAUCGGGUAUUUUGACAUCGAUUUCGGGUACGUCGGGCUGUACAUAAUUUUUUGUUUACUUUUCAAAUUGUAACUUAAUAUCGAGGCAUCAUUUUAUUUUGACAAACAGUGGAUUUGAGGUUACAUAAUAAGUAAUUUAAAAAAAAUGUUUUCUUUUUGAUUUUUCGUGGACAUUCCCCGUUUGUCAGCUGUAUUAUCAAAUAAAUUUAUACUAUUAAGA